CAACCAAUAAAAAUAAGUAAGAAAAACUAUUUCACCACACUAGGCUUCAGCUUGUCUAAAGAAUGAAUCCCUUAGAUUCUAUUGUUGUGAAACGUAUUGAAGAAAAAGAGAAGGUGAAAAAGAAGAGCAUAAUUAGACAGAAAACAGUAUCAAUAUGCUGCAAAGGAAAGGGGCAAUUUGUGCCAAUGAAAGUGGAAAUUCAAGAAACUUCAUCUAAAAAUUCACUCUUGGAUCGUCUUACUUAUCUCGAGACUCGACUUUUUCAGCUAUGCCUGGAAAUUGAAGCUGCAAAAACAUCAUGCUCUUCAAAUAUACAGACUCCAUUUACAGAAAGAUCCAGAAAUGAUACCAAGAAACAAACAGAUUGGAAUUCUUAUCCAACUUUUGAUUAUCCAAAACCUCCCUGCAAGUCACAAUCUCAACUCUGCCUCAACGAGUGUGAAUCCUCACAGAACAAAUCUCAUAGGAUGGCACAAGAUUUGGAGCAACCAUCUAGCAUGAAGAAGGAGUUGCAUUUUGGGAGAAGCAAAAGUACUAAGGAUGGAAAAAAUACAAGUAAAAAUGGGAAGAAAAACUUAAAAGCAAGUUGGCCACAUUUGAGGAUCUUAGGUUGCUAAUAUAUUGCUAGCUGCUCUUUGUUUUUUUUCGACUAGUUUGUGCGCACUUCAAUUAAUUUCAUCGAGUAUUCGUUAUCUCUCACAACACAAGCAUCGAGUAACUUUGCUUAUCAAGAUUCGGAUAUAUGAGAAUAAAUUACCUAGUGUUUUUCUAGACACUCCUUUUAUUUGUCUUAUCUUUUGACUAUCACUUUUAAUCGUUUUCAAAAAAUUUACUGCAUGCUUUUUUAGCUUCAUUUUGAUGUUGUCGUCG